UUGGUCUUGCAUAGUACGACACAAUUCCAAGGCUUCCUUCAAUCGGAUCAAUGGAAAUGGAGUCUCCCUUCAAGGCAAAUAUAUAUUGAAAGGCAAAGUAGCAUUAUUGACUGGAGGUGGGUCAGGUAUCGGAACAUGGAGCAACCGUUGCUAUUAUGGGCCGCCGGAAGAGCGUUCUUGACUCCACUGUCUCCGCACUUCAAUCCGUCAGCAUGCCGGUAAAUUCUUUAUUUUUUUUACGUAUUAAGUUCUAAAUAACGUCGUGAAAGAGUGGAACUUCAAUGAAUUUGUUUGAGAAACUGUUAGGCCUUUUUUGUGUCUGCUGUAUUUUGCGAAUUACAGGUUACCAUAGCUUCUUAGUUUUCUUGUUGAAAAUUGGUCAAAAUUGAAUCUCUGUGUCUUUUUUGCUCAAAAGGGACCACUUAAUGGCGUUGCUUUUGUCCAUAUUAUGAGUUUGAAAAAGAAUAAUUGAUAAUUAAUAAUGGUCCAAUGGAAAUGUUUUGCGAGUGUUGGAUGGAGUGGGAUUCUUAUAGGGAAUGUUUGGGAAUUGUCAUUGAUACUUGUAUAAUUGGUUAGAGUUAAUCUGCUAUCCCACUAUUAUGUUUUCGACUGUUACAAUUGGACUUGAAGUUGAAGGAGAUGUUCGAAGACGGGAGGAUACACAAAGAGUAGUGGAAACAACUGUCAAGCAUUUUAGGAAGCUUGACAUUCUUGUCAAUGCUGCUGCCGGGAAUUUUCUUGUGUUGGCUGAGGAUCUGUCCCCUAAUGGAUUCAAAACAGGUUCGACUUUGGAAACUGCUGCCCCUCCUUUUUCCUGCUUUUGAUGCUAUGAACCUUUCAUUCAUGAAUUUAUUAGACACCUUCAACUUACAAUCGCAAUUCGUUCCUUAAAUCAGUAAUGCCUCAUCUAUCCCUUUCAUUUAAUACUACUUUGUGAAGAGUGCCAAUAAUCUUAAGUGAUGAUUAAAGAAAUCUAUGAAUGACAUCUGUUACCUUUGAAAUACUUUUAGAGACGGGAUUCUUGAUCUUCUGGAAGGAUAUUUAAGAACAUAUUAUAUUUAUAGUAGGAUAUCUAUAGUUAUAGGACUGAUUUCCAAAACACCAGUGCUAAGCAUCCAAUGACAUGGCACAAUGCAAUAAGUGGUGUAAUCAGUUUUGUAACCAACAAUUGUCUCCCACCGCCUAUUGUAGUAUGUCAUGUCACUUGAUGCUUAACUUAUCAGUGCUUAGGAGAUCAGUUUCUUCUAUAGUUGAUCUUUAUUAGAUUAUAUCAUUAUCUUGAGAAUUCUUAAAAGCUCUAAUCUAAAUAUUUGAUGAUGUAAUGACAUUAUGUAGUGAUGAAUAUCGAUUUUGUUGGUACAUUUACAAUGUGUUUGUUAUGGUUUUGGUGGAACUUAUAGGGGUUUGAAUUUCACAUCAGAAGUACUGGCUUCCUUUAUGUGGUUGAUAUAGGCUUGGGCUCUCUAACUUCAAUAGCUAGCUUUUGAAGUAUAACUCUCCCAAGUUCUAUGACAUUUGUAUCAGAGCAAGCAUCAAGUCUCGAGACCCUGGUCGGUAUAUGGGUGCUUGCCCCCACGUGGUGCCAAGGUCGGAAGCGUGGUGGUUUGUUGUGCUUUCAUUGGAAUUUAUGGGGGUUUGAAUCAGACAUCAGAAGUAUGGGCUUCCUUUGUGUGGUUUAUAUAGGUUUGGGCUCUCCAACUUCAACGGCUAGCUUUUUGAGGUGUGGCUAUCCCAAGUUCUAUGACAAUGUCAUUGAGAACACGAGUACUUAAGAAAGAUGGACCAGGAAGGAACUCUUUUAGUGGAGGAUUUAUAUUGAACAUCAAUGCCACUUUACAUUACACGGCGUCUUGGUAUCAAAUCCAUGUAUCUGCAGCCAAGGCAACUUUUGAUGCCCUCACCAGAAAUUUAGCUCUCGAGUGGGGCACUGACUAUGAAAUCAGAGUUAUUGGGAUUGCACCAGGUCCUAUAGGAGAGACUAUUGGGAUGAGAAAGCUCAUGCCUCGAGAGAUAAAUAGCAAAGCCAGAGACUAUAUGCCUCUAUAUAAACUUGGCGAGAAGUGGGAUAUUGCCAUGACUGCUCUUCACCUUGCCUCAGAUGCCGGGAAGUACAUAAAUGGAACAACCAUUAUAGUUGAUGGAGGACUUUGGCUGAGCCAUCCUCGCCAUCUGGCCAAAGAUGCAGUUAAAGAUCUUUCUCGGACAGUGGAGAAAAGAUCACGAGCUACACCUAUCGGAAUUCCCACCAGCAAGAUGAGCUGGACAUUGGUCCUAUACAAAGGCCACUGGUUGCUGUAGUGGAUGGUAAACGAGUCUCCAACAGAAAUUUACAGAUGGAAUCACUGUUGGAUAAGUGUGACACACUGAUUCUGAACGGAGAAAUGAUAUUUGCUUUUUACAAGGCACAAGAUCUUUCGGUGGGAUCAUUCCC